AUGAAAGCGGCGUGCGUCGCCCACGUGAACCACGAUGCCAAAGUUCCGUUUCGACCAGUCAUUCAGGAACAAUGAACGGCGUCCCGGCGAUUUCUAUCCAGUUAGAACCGGAAAACCGGCGACUGGCGGUCUCAAGCGACGCGAUAGCGUCGGCCAGUUAUUGGAUACUAUCGACAGCCUCUCCUUCCCUCUUUGCUAUUUCAACGCCACGAGGCCGUGCAACUUCUCGAUGACGCGUCUCUGCCAAGUUGAUCGACCUCACCUUGCGCCUUCCUGCAUGCCGAAGCACCUGCUUCCGGUACACGCGCUACCAUUACGUUUCGAACUUGAACGCAGUCCAGUCGGAUCAUUCGAGCGUCAAUUUUCCAUCUCUGCACAGCAGUUUCUUCGUGAUUUGGACGAUGCUCGUUUCGAAGAGGCUUCCGCGCGAGUUCACACGGAGACGAACGCAUCCAGGACGAUCGAUGUUGAGAAGAACCAACGUACCGGACUUUAUCAGAACCUGGAAACGGUUCCCGGCAACAGCUCCGCUGGUUUGGAAAACCAAUGACCCUAAUCGCCCGUUCCGAUAUACUACACAAGGCUACGCCGAUAGAACCGGGCCAAUCCUUUGGAAACAUCAGAAACCUCCGGGAGACUGGAAAGUCCUACGCGCUUCUUUAUCAUCGUUCGACAAGGAAACUGUUCGGACUGUUGCGCACCUAUCAUAGGGAAACUUAGCUGGAAUAUACUACUGCGUUGUUUGAGUUACUUUCGACUAGUCGACAGGCUGCUUGAUGAUUUAUGAAAUAUUUAACAGAGAGUGUGUACAGGAUGGCUGAAGCAAUCAUAGAGAUGUGUUUACCUCGAUACUUGAUUAAUU